UUAAGAUUCGUUAUUUUAUUUCCUCCUAUUAACAAGUCACUGUUCGUUAUCCACCCUUUUCUAUCUCAAAUUUUACUGACAUUUCAGGAACAUGGGAUAUAGGUCAUAGCUUAGUAUUCUGGAUGCCACCGGUCUGCUUCUAGAUCUGCUCGCCAUGAUAUUCCACAGAAUCGCCCCUAUAUUGAGAUGAACAGAAGUGGUGUUGCAUUAUUGGUUUAUUCUGUCGCAAGUUCCAUCUAUACUGAGCUGUUAAAGCCUCGCUACUUCAAAAGUAGAUAGCAUUGGUCAUGAGGUCGUUGUGAAUAGUCGCCGAUAGAGAGCAGCUUCGUGAUGUAAUUUUAAUACGUUUAUUUGAAUUUUAUGUUUUUUACAUAUUUAAAGCCAAACGAUGUUCAAAUGUAAAUGAGAGAUUACUAAAAAAAAUAUAAUAUUCCUUUGCCUAUUAGUUAUUAUACUUACAUUCACAAAAGCUUAAAGCAAAAUAGGUGAAUAUUGGAUGCAGUUUAACUGUUGAGCUUAACGCAGGAAGUAAUUUAGGAUUUGCUUUAGCUAUAGAAAACUAAAAAAUGCUACAUUGCGUUUUUUAAGAACCCAUUGGGUUUAAUACAGGGUCUUUUUGUGGCCUAAAUAAACUAAUAAUUAUCAAUGUUCAAUAUUAAUUAAUAUUGGAAAAGUGCCUAAAGCUUACGUGAAAUUGAAAUCGGUUCCAAGUUAUUGAGACGAUCAAUACCGAGACGCAGGCGCUGAAUUGAAAAGUUUAGACAUGUGAAAACAAAAAUUUAGGUUCCUCAGAAUUAUUCAACAAAUGUCAAUUUUGCCAGUGCUUCAACAUUUUUAAAAAAGAAAUGGUUGAGACGGCAUACGAAUUUGAGUGCAACAGAGCAGAACUUCUCGGUUUGGACAAACCCGAUUUCCAAGAAUUUUGUAAAGAAUACGAUGCUAAAAAAGCUGCCGAGGAAAUUGCUUUAGAAACCGAACAUCUGAAGGAAAUAGAAAGUGAAAAUGAAGCCUUGAAGGGUGUAAGUGGAGGGUUGGAAGAACUAAGCAGUAUAUUAAGAAGUACACAAAAACGUAUUACCAACUUUAAGGUGUCGUAUGGCUCAAUUACCGAUUACCUUAAGGACAAAAUAGGAAGAAGAGGGUCAGGGGCUUCCACAAAAUCUGCCAAUUCAGAAUCGACAGAUGAUCCCCAAAUGAUAUCUCAGCAUCCCAACGAUUCCUCUAACGAACACCUUCACACUCAAGAAAUAAAAUUAGUUAACGAUAAGGGUACAACUCAGUUUGAAAAUAAGGGGUUUGAAAAUGACAAGGAAGAAGUUGUAGCGUCCCAUUUGGACACCGACCUAUCCAGAGCUCUUGAUAAUCACGUUGAUAAGCUCGAUAGCCUUGUAACGAAAGCAGAGAAUUGCGAAAUUGGACUACGGCAUCAAAACAAACAAAUGAAAGGCUUUUUAGGAAAAUAAGAAGAGAAUACGAGAAAUCGAUGGUUGGUAUCAUUAAAAAGUCGAUUUUAAUUUUGCGACGAUUUACCUAAGGUUUUCUUUUUCUUCAAAAAUUCAAAAAGCCUAGGCACCUACUUAGUCUGUGCUUCAAUGGCGUUAAAUGUGAAAAUGUAACAGGUAAUUCUUAGAACAGAAAAGUUGAUAAGAUAUAAUGCUACUGUUUUGAUACUUAUGAAACUAUUAGUGGUUAAAAAGGUGAAUGAAUGUAUUUUUAUAAUAAUUUAAUUAAUACCUUUAUUGAUGACAAAUAACUUUAUUUAUUGUUGAAUAUUUAAAGCUUUAUGGUAAGUAGUAGAUAUGAUAAUUCGGAAUUCUUCUAUGUCUACAAACAACUACAAUAUACAGGGUGUAAUAAAAUAACAAUGUUCGAAUAUGCAAUUGUACGUAAUCUGCCCAUGUGCGCAUGAUGGGACAGACUAUAGUUUUAGUAGAAUUUUAUCGGAUAAUCAACUAUCAAACAGCAGGGAAUCACUAUAGCACUAUUUUUCAUUUUAAUUAUUAACUCAUAAUAAUUGAUCAAUAGGUAAUUAAUAAUGUGGAAACAUGUGUUGGAAUUUCAUACAAAAUUUAUUGGAAUGAUUUUUCUGGUAACGUUUUAGUACACCCUGUAUACUUACCUCUAGGAAAUUCAAAGUACAGAGCGGGGCAGAGGAACCUGACGAAUUUCAUAUUUAUAAUCAUCAUUAGUUUGAUAUGACGAAGCAAAGAAUCUAGAUAUGUACUUAAGGGUUGGAAGGUGUUUAUAUUAUAAAGGUAAGUUCAUCUGAAUAGUACAUCCGUGAGACGAUGGGCUUCCUCGUUUCUUCCAUGGUGUUCGUCUUCCUUCGAAGAUUUCCUGUUACUCUCUGAACCAUUAGCAAUUUUAUUUCUAAUGUGCUGUUUUAACUCUUGAAUAUUGACAUUUCGAGAUGUAGAUACUUAUACAUUUAUCACCAUAAAAAAUCGAGAAAUUAUUUAUUGAGGAAACUAUUGGCGCAAGACGUUCACUGUUGCUCUCGCUAUGAGUGAAUUUGAACCAUCUCGCUAUCACACGAUUACCUUAAGGACAAAAUAGGUAGAAGAGGGUCAGGGGAUUCCACAAAAUCUGUCAAUUCAGAAUCCAUAGAUGAUCUCCAAAUGAGUUGUGGUACCUACUCAGAAAUUUUGGAGUAGGUGCACAUUUCCGCGUAGCUGUUUGAUGCAGCUGGCCCAGCAUUGCCUGCAUUGUAUUCGAAGAUCAAGAAGUACUUAAAAGUAAAGUCUGUACACAUCUCGUAUUGUCACCAUUCAAUAAUUAUUUAUGACAACACAUUGCGAAUGAAAUUGCGGUGAUUCCUUAUGAAAGGAUUCGGAGAGUCAGGGGAAAUCUUCGAUGAAGACUGAAGGACUAUGUAAGAAACAAAAGGGAGCUCGUCUCAUGGAUGUAGUACUUGAUAAAUCUAUAUAUAUAAAAGAGCCGAUUUGGCUGAAAAUUAGUGGGGAGGUACCUUAGAACCAGGAGACGG